AUGUUUACAACUGAGUCAAACGAGAAGGUUCAAGUAGUUAGAGAAGAAAAGGUUCAGUUCGAACAUGAUGAAGAUUCAUCGAUGGAAUUAGGUGCUAAUUUUGAUGUUGAUGCUGAAUUUGAAAAAUUUGCAGAAAUUGGAGCUCAAGAAAAGCAACAACAUUCAUUCUUCACAAAUUUAAAGAAUAUGGAGUUUCCAUUGGAUUUUGAAAAUAAGAUGGUUAUGGUUUGGUUAUUGGGAGGAUUUGCGGCUGCUGGUGGUAUGCUUUCAGGAGUCGAUCAAUCCAUUAUUAGUUCAGCAGCCUUAGGUAUAAAAGAUGAUCUUGCUCCAAGCUCUUCAGAAAAUUCAUUAAUAAGUGCUCUUGUUCCAUUAGGAGCUGUUGCUGGGAGUCUUUCAAUUACACCAUUAUCAAAAUUUGGUAGAAAGAAAUUAUUAUUAAUUUCUUGUUUCAUUUAUACUGUUGCUGGUUUAGUCUGUGCUUUAGCUCCUAAUAUUGGAGCUUUAUAUGCUGGUCGAUUUUUACUCGGUAUUGGUAUUGGUCAAGAAGGUGGAGGUGUCGGUGUCUAUAUUGCAGAAUCCGUUCCCUCAGAUAAGAGAGGGCGGAUAGUCAUUGAUCAUGGAUGGCGGUUGAUGCUUGGGAGCUCGCUUAUAUGGUCCACCAUUUUAUUAAUUGGUUUAUUUUUCUUGCCGGAAUCACCAAGAUUUUUAGCAGCAAAAGGAAAAAUUGGAGAAUCAUUUAAUGUAUUUUCAAGAUUAAGGGAUAUUAACCAAAGAGAAUAUAAAGUUGAAUUUAUACAGUUAGUUCAAGCAGCGGAAAAAGAAAAAGAAAUUAGACUGACACAUAGUAAAGCCAAAGCUUGGACUGAAUUAUUUACAGUUCCAAGAAAUAGAAGAGCAUUGAUUUAUGGUGUUAUGAUGAUUUCACUUGGUCAAUUAACUGGUAUUAAUGCUGUUAUGUAUUAUCUUAGUGAUUUAAUGGGUCAGAUUGGAUUUUCUCCAAAAAAUUCCGUUUUUAUGUCAGUAGUUGGUGGCGCUGCAUUAAUGUUUGGUACAAUUCCAGGCGUGUUAUUCAUGGAUCGUUUUGGUCGUAGAGUUUGGAGUUAUAACUUAAUAGGUUUCCUAGUUGGAUUAAUAUUAGUUGGUGUUGGUUAUCUUAUACCGCUUGAUACCCAUCUCGCGGCAGCGGAAGGUGUUUAUUUAACUGGUCUAAUAGUAUACAUGGGUUUUUUUGGUUCUUAUGCGUGUUUGACUUGGGUGGUUCCUUCUGAGUCUUUCAAUAUUGGAACUAGAUCACAAGGUAUGACUAUUUGUUCUGCAUGUUUAUAUUUAUGGGCUUUUGUUGUUACUUACAAUUUCAACAGAAUGAAAGUUGCAAUGACUUAUACUGGUUUGACCAUUGGAUUUUAUGGUGGUAUAGCUUUUCUUGGAUUUUUCUAUCAAUUAUUUUUUAUGCCUGAAACUCGUAAUAAAACUUUGGAAGAAAUAGAUGAAAUCUUUGAGAAGCCAACCAUGCAAUUAGCAAAAGAAAAUAUUCGUGGAGUUAAAAAGUUCUGGGGGUUCUAG